AUGUCUCUUCUUGAAGAUGUAUUUCUGCAGGAUGAGGCGAAUGAAGCUGAAGAUCUGGAAAGAGUGAUCGAAGGUGAUGGAUAUGAUGAGCGCCCGCGGUCAUUGUCACCUACUGAUGAUGAAAGUGAUAGUGGUAAACGAGAAGAUAAGGCAGAGGAAGAUAAGAGGCGAGUGGAUCCAGCAUCAACAAAAACAAAGAAGGUGAUUAAAAACCCAAGAUUUGUACUGAAUCCAGCCCGAUUAACUGGUCCCAGGGGCAUUCAAGUUAUUCCUGAACAUUUUAAAGAUUUUAAAUUUAAAGGUAAAGGACAUGAAAAAGAAGAUUUAGACAUGGUUCUUAAAAAACUGGAGCACUGGGCAUAUAGACUGUAUCCUAAAUUUGAGUUUCAAGAUUGUUUGAAGAAGAUUGAAACUCUUGGCAGGAAGAGGCCAGUUAUGGUUCAUCUUCACAAAAUCCGCACUGAUCAAUUCCUGUCAGAAGAGACAGUUGUACAAAAGGACUCAAGUGAUGAUGAGGCUCAACCGCCACAGGAAGAGGAUGAGUUUGACAAGUUGCUGCGCCAACAAAUAGAGAUAGCUCGAGCUACUCCAGCCCCAGAUUCUGUAAAAAAAGCUACAAAGAAAGCUGAUCAGUGGGAAAGGGUUAUGACAACCCCAAUUCCUGAUGACAGACCAUCCUUAAUGCUUCCGAAAGCCACGUCAUCUCCUUCAAUAAGCGAGGAACAAAAAGAAAGAAUGCUUAGAAACCGAAAAUUAGCAGAAGAAAGACGUUUAGCAAGACUCAAACAAACCACAAAUAUUAGUCAUAAUACAACUAGUUGUACCAUUGUAGAAGUCGAUGAACCUGGCAGUACUAAUACAAGUUACAUAAUAAAUACAAGUGACCAAGUUGUUAAAACAAAUAACAAAAAUAACAGGUCCAAUGUUAUAGACAGUUCAGAUUCCGAUGAAGGUCCGUCCACACUCAACGCGUCCAUUGUAGUAGAUGUUCAUCACAAUACAAAUGUUGAUGAAGAUAAAAGUGGUGAUAAACUAGUAUAUGUUGACAUGACUAGUCAUAAUGACUCAGAAGAAAUGAUUAUUGAUGAUCAGAGUAUCAAAAAUAGUGAUAAAAAUGACGAUGUUGAUGUGUCUAAAUCAAACAAUAAACAUAGCAAUGCUCUGGAUAUUACAGAGAUGAGUCACAAACAGAGUGAUCAUAAUAAUUCUGUGAUAACAGAAGAAAAUAGUGAUGAUGGUGAUAAAGAACUUAGAUUAAGUAAUAAUGACUUUGAAAAAGACAGUGAUACAGUGAUUGCUGAAGUAAAUGAUAAUCAAAUUAAGGAAAUCCAAGGUACAAUUGAAAAUGACACCAAUCCCAGCAACAAAUCAAUCAGUAAUGAUAAUAUUGAUGAAGCAAAAAACGAACUAAAUGAUUGCAGUAGUCGAAACUUCACUGUAGAUGAAAAUGUAAAACAGAAAGAUCCUGCAGAUGGAGUUACAGAGAUAAUGGAUGUUGAUUUUAGUGAUGAUUUUUAA